UUGGUGCGGAGGGCGGCAAAACUCACUGAUGAUGCCGGCGAAACGUUCGAGAAUGUACCAAGUCCACUGUCAGAUGCUGGGGAUCCUGACAACUACUAUGGCAGACGACUUCGGACUAGAUUGGGUAUCUCUGUAAAAGGGAAGCGAUGCAUUGAAUUGGGUGCUGGCAUUACAGGCCUGGCCAGUCAUGCUGCUUCACUUUCCGGCGCUAUUCGAGUUAUUGCAACCGAUAUUGAUGAAAAAGAUGAAUUGGCCCAUCUUGCCUCUGUCUCCGGAUCGCAUAUUUAUGAUGCUAAAAUUGUUUCUCAAAAUUCUCAUUGUAAAGGCCAAUUCGUGGGUACUCUUGCUAUGCUCCAACGCACCCUUGAAACUAAUCGAGAAGCUUUGCGAUCGGCAGGAGGAUGCCAAAUUGAGGCUGCCCCUCUUACGUGGGGCAGCGCAGAAUCCAGUGUUUUUAGUGAACCGUGGGACUAUAUCUUCGGAGCUGACAUCAUUUACCACUCGGCCACUUAUUCCUCGUUGGCAGACAGUAUAUACCGGCUAAUGAACUCAGGAGGCAAACUUAAUCAUCGGACAGAAGCGCUAUUAAUUUACAUGGAACGUGGUCUUGAUGAAGCCAUCUUUGUUGAACUAUUGCAGCAUAUUAAAGGCCUCGAGUUAGAAAAACUAGAAAUCCCGCCUAUUGAG